CCCCAUUAUAUACGAGCUCCUCCUUUCUCUCCACUCAUCACCAUCUCACCUCACCUCAGCUCCGAUCACAUCUCCAUUUCUUCUCUCCACGCACCAUCUUGCCUUCCGAUCGCAAUCACAAUCCUUUCCUAGCUUGCCCUGAAGCAGCAAAAUUUCACAGCAGGAGAGAUGGAGAACGUGAUGAAUGGCAAUGGAGGAGGGAGCCGCCUUGUGGUGACCGAGCUGAGCCACAUCAAGGAGCUGGUGAAGCAGCUCGACGUGCAUCUGGGAGGCUCCCCGGACCUGUGCAAGGACCUGGCCGCGCAGAUCUUCACCGUCACCGAGAAGUCCAUCAGCAUGAUCAGGUCCGGGCACUUCGACUUCGACGGCCGUAAGCGCUCCGCCGUCGGCGCCGGCCUCGACUCGCCGCCGCUCUCCGCGACGCCCAGCCCCCUUAGCGGCGUCUCCGACAUGCCUUUCAAGACCAACAAGAAGAGGAAGAUGGACAAAGGGAAGCGCCAGAUUCGGGUGAGCUCGGCAGGAGGGGGAGCGGAUGCCCCAGAGGACGAUGGCUUCAGCUGGAGGAAGUACGGCCAGAAGGACAUCCUUGGAGCCCAGCAUCCGAGGGCAUACUACCGUUGCACGCACCAAAAAACUCAGGGAUGCGCGGCGACGAAGCAGGUGCAGCGCGCCGACGAGGAUCCGACGCUCUACGACGUGAUCUACAACGGCGAUCACACCUGCCUUCACAAGGUCACGGCGGCGGCGACGGCCAAGUCGCAGCCGGAGGUCGCGCGCAGCCUUCUGCAGAGCCUGAAGGUGGAGACCGAGGGGCUCACGCACGAGGAUCAGCAGUGCUGGAGCGCCACCACGCCCUUCAGCUUCUCCUCGCCGGCUGUGAGCGGCCUGAUGCCGUCGACGCCGGAAAACUGCUUUUGGCAGGGCGUGUCGACGCCCACGUCCCUCGAACCGUCGCCUGCGACCUCGGGCUCGAACCACCUCUCCAUGAGGGUGCAGUGUGAGCUUGACACGAUGGUGUCUGCGUUCAUGGCAGCCACGAGCAUGCCACCGCCUGCCAUGGAGGAUACCACCUUCUCGCUGGACGGAACCGAUCUGGAUUUCGACAUUUCUUGCUUCUUCGCAUCAGAUUGUUGAGAAGAAGAGAGAAUGAAAAAGUAAAACGAAAAAAAAAAACUAGUAGAGAUUAGAGAGGCAGCUUCAGGUGACCACCCUCUGAACUCUGGUGUUAGUCCAGUGACAGAGGAGGGAAGAACAAUCGAGUUCUUCCUCAGUGCAGGUGUAAGAUUUAGGAGAUAAAAUUAGUGACUCCUCGUUCGUACUGUUUCUUUUGUUUUUCUUAUCUUAUCUGGUGUAAGAUGAGGGUGUUGCAUUGUAUUAUUGAUUUUUAUGUCAAGGAAAAUAAGAUCCUUGAUCCUUUACAAUC